AUGUCCACAAACGUCUGGACACAGAUGAACUACAUCCCCCCGCGCGGCCCCUGCAACCACAAACCCUCCAUGCUCUCCCCCAAAUGCCCGUGUCUACGCUUCAUGCUGCAUCCGCUCAAAUCCACAUCCUCCUACGAAUGCGACGGCUGCGCGCACCACGCGUCCUUCCACAGCAUGGAGAACAAGGCCGAGGACGAAGUGCGCAAGCAAUGGGAGAAGGAGGCAGCGGAGAGGGAAGAGGAAGACUCGCAGCAGUGUUCGAAGAAGAGGCCUAGGCUGCUGCUCAAAGAGAAGGCGUCUAGCGAAACGAUGGAUAGCGUGUUCGGUCAGGCGAGGGGGCGCGCGGCGGCGACAACGACGAAGACGCGGAGAGUUGCUGCGACGAAGGGGAGGGCGAGGGGGAAGGGGAGAGUGGAGGGGGAAGAAGAGGCGGUUAUUGAGUUGGAUUGA